AUGCAAACACUGACUGUAUGUCUGUAUUGAGUGUUUUGUAUAGGAAUUGAAUGUUUGAAAAUGACAUCAAAUUAAAUGAUUGUAAUCACAGUUAAUGUCAUUAAUGGUAAUGCAAUCGAGAAAAUGCUUUCGAUUAACCGAUGGAGUGGAAGCGUUGGAAGUAUUUCGAUAAGAAGUCGUCUUCCCAUCACUUAGAGGACUCAAUGAGUAAAUAUUCAACGAAAAGUAUAAAUAAUUUUCCCAACUCUUUGAACGACUCAUCGCAUGGAAAGCAUCGGAGGAAUAACUUAUCGCCAAUGAAUGGCAGCAAUAGUCGGUCGCGAAGUGUUUCGCCCGACAAUUGGAGUCCCAAUCGAAGCGUUUACGCGAAUAAAUCUUCGUAUUCUUCGCGGACUAAAGACAGGGACAGAGUUCGCGAUCGCGAGAGAGACAAGUAUUACGAGAAUAAGAAAAAGUCACUCAACUGUCGCUUGACUUCGCGGUCGCGAUCACCGAUCGAGUCCACGAAGAGUUACAAACAGAACUCCGUUAACAAUCACUCGAGUCAUGACUUGACUUCAGAGACCAAAAGCAGUUCCAAUCGUCGGAACGCAUGGAGUGAACAGACGAGUUCUUCGGGACGGAUCUACUAUUAUAAUCACAGGACAGAGAAGUCUCAGUGGGAGAUACCCAAGGAAUUGAAGAAAUAUUCAUCCAACAAGUCAUCGGCGGACAGCCAUUCAUAUCGUGAUAACAGGAAUGACAAUAAGAGUUGUGUCACCUCUUCGUCGAACUCGAAACCCUAUUCGUCACACGAAUUGUCUUCUGGUUAUAGAGAGAAGGAUAGCUCGAGAACUAAGUUGAGUGGCGGCGGAACCACUACUGGAAGCACUAGUAGUAACUCUAAUAGUAGUAUUAGAUCUCAUUCUAAAAGAGACGACGAGUUGAGGCCAUCGGCCGACGACCGGUUGGCCAACGACUCGAAGCGAGUGCCACAACAGACGGACACUAGAAAUAGUGGUAUUAAUUGUGUAAAACGUGAAUCACUUAAGUCUCCAAAUGUCUCCUCAAUUGAAUCUUCAAAUACUGUUUCCAUUAAUAAUAUGAAUAAUAAUAUUAAAAACAAUUCUAAUAAUAAUAAUAACGCAAAUGAUGUGAACUCUAGGACUCAUGGCAUCAGUAGUACUAACCAUAACUAUAACAAUAACAGUUCGGUUUGUGCUCAACAGCUGUUGAAUCAGAUACUGUCUCAACCAUUAUCUCCGACACAAACGCAGGAUCUAAAGAAGCUGUUGAUGUCAUCGCAAGGAUUCCCUGAUAUGCCACUCAAUUUCCCCGAAGAGGCCUUAAGAGCACUGCAACAGGCCUUACAGCUGACCGUAAAGGCGACGGACGCCAAGAGUCAAAGCAGUCAACUGUCGCGACAUCGGCCGGCGUUGAGCUCUCCCCGCAGUGGCGUCGGUGCCUGCAGUGAGUCGCCCGUCUCGACGUCCGGCCACACCGGCCAUCAUCACCGACACAGGCAUCACAUCCCUCACCACAAUCAACAUCACUCUCAUUACAAUCAAACACAACAUCAGAGCGCAGACGGAAUUCGCCAGGAAUUAGAUCUUAUGUUAAGUCGGGCUAACAUUAAUAAGUCACCCAAUUCUGAGAAGAGUGUCAUCUCUUCCACCAGACACGACAGUCCGCCAAACAGUGUCACCAAUAUUUCGUCGGCAAUCAGUUCCGCGUCUCUGAAGCCAUCAGUGCCUUCAGUUCCCACUCUUACGCCUACUUUAGCCAACUUUUACAAAGAAGAGUUAGUGAGUCACGUGACCGGUUGGCAGGCGGAGCACGCGGAGAAGCAGGCGAAGCAAUAUUCGCAACAAUCGCAUGAAUUUGGUUCACAUCAGUGCACCCGAGUGUCGGCCGAACUCAAAAUGGCCCGAUCUCUGGUCAGACUCACCGAAAUUCAAUCCACUCUUCAGGAACAGAGAAUAAUCUUCGCAACGCAACAGAUCAAGAAUGUGGAGGAAUGGAAGGGACAGAACGCCAACCAUUCUUCAUAUCACUCCUAGUAUUGGUAUUUGUGUUAUACUCUUCUCGAUUAGUGGUUAAGACUAUUUGCGAACAAAUAAAUUAUAUAUAAAAUGUAAAAAUUGUUUUCAACUCUUUCUUUAAUUUAAAAAAAGCUGAGUUUAUGUUUACAUUGAAAACAAGUGUUCAAAAACUGAAAUUCUUUUUUAAAAUAUGAGCAAAAAUUAUUGUAAAUUAAAUUCUAAUUAUAAAUAAUUAGCAUUUUUUAUCGAAACGAAAACCAAUUGACACGUUUUUGUUUGUUUUUUUAAUUUGUAAUUAAAUUUGUUAUUUUGAAUUUGAAACGAAUCGCUAAUUUAAUUGAAUGUAAAAUCCAUUUCGCAUAUAAUAUACACCAAAAUACACCGAAACACUCCAUAACGGGUCUCAUUCGCGGGAUAAGGAGUUUUACUUAUAAUUUAUUUCCCGAUUAACAAACAAAAGAGUUUACAUUUUAUUUGAGAGUUAAUUUAAA